AUGCCCGAAACCGAGGGUUAUGAAGAUGGUGUUGAGGAACGCGUUAUCAAUGAGGAAUAUAAAAUCUGGAAAAAGAACACGCCGUUUCUUUAUGACCUUGUGAUGACGCACGCUCUUGAAUGGCCUAGUUUGACAGCACAGUGGCUCCCUGAGGUUACACGCCCUGAGGGCAAAGACUACUCUAUUCACCGCCUUAUUCUCGGAACCCACACGUCUGACGAGCAGAACCAUCUCCUUAUCGCUAGUGUGCAUCUACCUAACGAUAAUACGCAAUUCGAUCCUAGUAACUACGACGCCGAUCGUGGAGAGUUUGGUGGUUUUGGUGCAGUGACCGGCAAGGUUGAGAUUAAUAUCAAGAUAAAUCACGAAGGUGAGGUCAACCGAGCUCGUUACAUGCCUCAAAACUCGUGCGUAAUCGCCACCAAGACACCCAGUGCAGAUGUAUUGGUUUUCGACUACACCAAACACCCGAGUAAACCAGAUCCCUCGGGUUUGUGUGAACCCGAGUUGAGACUUCGUGGGCAUCAAAAGGAGGGCUAUGGUCUCUCAUGGAACCCAAACCUCAAUGGCUACCUCCUAUCUGCGUCGGAUGAUUACACUGUGUGUAUGUGGGACAUAAACACGACGCCCAAGGAGGGUCGCAUAAUCGAUGCGCAGACAAUUUUUACUGGUCACACGAGUGUGGUGGAGGAUGUGGCAUGGCACCCGCUCCACGAGUCGAUAUUCGGCUCCGUGGCGGAUGACAAGCGCCUCAUGAUUUGGGACACACGCAGCCCCAGCUCCAACAAGCCCAGUCACGCAGUCGAGGCGCACAUGGCGGAAGUCAACUGUCUCUCCUUCAACCCCUUCUCCGAGUACAUUCUUGCCACAGGUAGCGCUGACCGGACUGUCGCCUUGUGGGAUCUCCGCAGUCUGCAGAUGAAAUUGCACUCAUUCGAGUCGCAUAAGGACGAAAUCUUCCAGGUUCAAUGGUCACCGCACCACGAGACUAUCUUGGCUUCCUCAGGGACCGAUCGCCGAUUGCACGUGUGGGAUCUCAGCAAAAUAGGCGAGGAACAGUCCUCUGAAGAUGCCGAAGAUGGGCCGCCUGAGCUCCUCUUCAUCCAUGGCGGACACACCGCCAAGAUUUCCGACUUUUCGUGGAACCCAUGCGAGCCCUGGGUUGUGUGCUCCGUCAGUGAGGACAACAUUCUCCAAGUGUGGCAGAUGGCGGAGAACAUCUACAACGAAGACGAGCCCCCGUUGACAAUCGAAGCCGAGUAA